CAGGAGCCAGAGGGGCCGCCCGGAUCCUCCGCACAUCCCUGCGCUCAUCCCCGGGCUCGCCAGGAUCCUCCUCCCUCCUUCCUUCCUUCCUCCUUCCUUCCUUCCAUCCCUCCCUCCUGCCAGCGCGUAUCCAGCUCCACAUCUUCGCUCGAGCCCGGAGCGCAAGAGGAGAGGCGCACACAUCCCAAAAAAAAAAAAAAAAAAAAAAAAAAAAAAGAUCAAGCCACCCAAAAAAAGAAAAAAAAAAAAAAAAAAAACCAACCCCACACUUAGCGGAAACUUGUCAGAGAAUGCUCCUAAAGUCUGGUUUUCUCCUGCUGCUGCUGAUCAGUGCAUCCGCAUCCUACGAAGCUGAGCAGAAUGACUCUGUGAGCCCCAGGAAAGCGCGGGUGGCAGCGCAGAACUCAGCCGAGGUGGUUCGCUGCCUGAACAGUGCCCUCCAGGUGGGCUGCGGAGCCUUCGCCUGCCUGGAGAACUCCACGUGCGACACGGACGGAAUGUACGACAUCUGCAAAUCCUUCCUCUACAGCGCUGCGAAAUUCGACACUCAGGGCAAGGCGUUCGUGAAGGAGAGCCUGAAGUGCAUCGCCAACGGCGUCACGGCCAAGGUGUUCCUGGCCAUCCGCAGGUGCUCCACCUUCCAGAGGAUGAUCUCCGAGGUGCAGGAGGAGUGCUACAGCAAGCUGGGCAUGUGCGCCGUGGCCCGCCGCAACCCCCAGGCCAUCAGCGAGGUGGUGCAGCUGCCGCAGCGCUUCUCCAACCGAUAUUACAACAAGCUGGUGCGCAGCCUACUGGAGUGUGACGAGGACACGGUGAGCACCAUCAAGGAGAGCCUGAUGGAGAAGCUGGGGCCCAACAUUUCCAGCCUGUUCCACCUGCUGCAGAGCGACCACUGUGCCCAGGGCCACCCCAGGGCUGAAUUCCUGCGCAGGAGGCUCUCAGAGCCCCAGAAGCUGAAGCUGCUGCUCAGGAACCUGCGAGGUGAAAACUCAGCGCCCGCCCACGGCAAGCGCAGCUCGGCCGAGCGCGCCUGAGCUGGGGCGCCCCCAAAGCUGAGCUCCAGGAGAGUGCUGCACCCAAAGCCAGUGGACUUGUAGGUAUUUUAACCCCCCCUCCCAGGAGCUGGGUUUAGUUCCUUAGGGCUCGUUUAGUUCCUUCGUGUUUUCUGUGUUUUCCGUGUUUCCCGCCAGACAAGCGGUUCUGUCUCUUCUCUUCCCCACCAAAAAAAAAAAUCUGUUAUCCCAAAAAUCUUAGCCUUAAGUAGAUCCCUGCAUGGUCAGGCCUUCAGGCAUCAAAUUCCUGAUGUUUGGAGGUUGAAUUUUGUCCCAAAUUGUGCUGGCACCAGCCAGGCCGGAGAUUCAGCACUUCCAGAUGACAAAAGAUGCACUAAAACUCCUGCACUUCCUAAAAAUACCCGUGGGAUUCAUGUCAUGAAUCUGUGCUGGCCAUG